UUUCCGGAGGUGCAGUGGGGACGCAGGCCCCACCGAUUCAACAGAGCUGCACAGAGAGGCACUUCCAAAUAAUAAAGCCCUGUUUGGAUGGUAUUUUCAUGGAGUACUACCGCUAAAACAUAUGGAGAGUCAAGAGGAAAAGCCAGUCAUCUAUACAAUGGAAAACAAGCCGAUUGUAACAUGUGCUGGUGAUCAGGGCUUGUUCACGUCACUUUACACCUCAUUGGCUCAGCAGCUUCCCAGGGAGCCAAUGGAGUGGAGGAGGACUUAUGGCCGUGCACCAAAAAUGAUCCACCUUGAAGCUAAUUUUGUCCAGUUUAAAGAGGAUCUUCUCCCAAAGGAGGGCAACAAGGCUCUUCUCACAUUCCCCUUCCUCCACAUCUACUGGACCGAUUGCUGUGACACAGAAACGUAUAAGGGCUCAGUGAGGGAGGACAUGAUGCGCUGGCAGAACACCUUGCGGAGUCACAGCUCAGCGGACUGGGUCAUCAUUGUCGUCGAAACCAACGACACCAAGAAGAAGAACAAGACCAACAUCCUGCCUCGUUCGUCCAUCGUGGACAAGAUCCGCAGCGACUUUUGCAACAAGCAGAACGACAGGUGCGUGGUUCUGUCAGACCCGCUGAAGGACUCGUCCCGGUCCCUGGAAUCUUGGAAUUCGCUGCUGCUGAAGCUGCGCACUCUCCUCCUCAUGUCGUUCACCAAAAACCUUGGGCGCUUUGAAGACGACAUGCGUACUCUCCGAGAGAAACGCACUCAGCCUGGCUGGAGCUUCUGUGAAUAUUUCAUGGUUCAGGAGGAGCUGGCCUUUGUUUUUGAGAUGCUGCAGCAGUUUGAAGAUGCCUUGGUCCAGUAUGAUGAACUAGAUGCUCUUUUUACUCAGUAUGUCCUGAACUUUGGUGCAGGAGAUACAGCUAACUGGCUCGGCUCGUUCUGCGCCCCGGUGCAUAACUGGAGUGGCUUGCUGCUUCGGCGGCCCAUCGACAUGGAAAAGAGGGACAGCAUCCAGCAUGGAGAAGCCAGCCUUUUAGACCUGAGGAGCUACCUGUUCUCUCGCCAAUGUACUUUACUCAUCUUCCUGCAGAGACCCUGGGAGGUCACUCAGAGAGCCUUAGAGCUGCUCCACAACUGUGUACAGGAGCUACGCCUGCUGGAGGUCUCUGUGAUUGACGGUGCGCUGGACUGUUGGGUGUUUCUCAGCUGUUUGGAGGUCCUGCACAGGAUCGAGGGCUGCUGCGAUCAGGCAGAGUUGGCAGCAAACUGCUCUCAUACUGUCGGACUCUGGGCCUAUGCUACAGACAAGCUGAAGAGUUUGGGUGAACACUGCGGCCUGGUGUCAAAGACCGGGCCGACAUCUGAGGACCUGAACCGGACUGUGGAUCUGCUGGCAGGACUCGGGGAUGAGAGGCCAGAAACCGUCAGCAGUUUGCAGAGUCCUUACAAAAAGCUGAAAGAAGCCCUGUCAUCUGUAGAAGCUUUCGAAAGGCACUAUCUUGAACUUUCUCAUGCUGCUAUGGAAAUGUACCGAGCCAUCGGCCGGCUGAGGUCCGGGAGGCUUGUGGGGAAAAGCCUUGCCGAGUUCUACAUGAGGAAGGGGGACCCUGAGCAGGCAGAAACCUUCUUGCAGGAGGCUUUGAAGUCAUACGUAUCGGAGGGGUGGAGCCUUCCUGUGACGCACACCAGGAGGCAGAUUGCUGAGUGUCAGAAACUGCUGGGCAGAACUGAAGACUACUUGCAAACCAGUGCCUUGUUGGCCAGUGAUGUCAAUCUCUCCACAGAGGAGAGGAAGCACUUUUGUCAGGAAAUUCUCUCUUUUGCUGGCAGGUCCGGAAACCACUCUCACAAAGUGACUCUCAGCAUGAAUGUUUUCGCUCAGCUAACACGACUCCAGUUCCACCCCUCGACUGCUUCAGUGCACUCCGGAGCCGUGCUGCAGGUGGAGCUCACUCUCAGGUGUUUGAUGCCUGUUUCAGUGUGUAUUCAGGAGCUAGCUGCUAGCAUUCACUUUGACAUUGACCACGGAGGGACUCAUGGGAGGUCCAAGGGCACACUGAGGCAAACAAACCAAGGGACAGUAGAGUUUGAACAGGGCAACUCAUCAGCAGGCCCUCCCUCCUCCACAGCCGCUGGUCCCACGCUAGAAAUGGACGAGAUUCAGGAUAGGAGUCCCUCGGAUAAUUCCCUCAACUCCGUUGGAGUUGUGUGUAAAAACGCUCACCUGGUCAUGCGUCGGCGUGAAAACGAUUCCCCACCGGACAUGCCCAACUGUGUCAGCCCACCUACUGCUGCCAUGAAGGAAGGAGGACAGAUGCUGAAGGUGCAAAAUGUCACGUUGGAGCCUGGAAACAACAGCAUCACCUUUACAGCACCCAGUGGACAGCCUGGUAACUACACAUUACGGCAGCUGUGUGCCACAGUUGGUGAAGUCCAGUUCGUCCUGUCUCAUAUCUACCCAUCGGUCCGAUAUGAAGUAUACUCUCAGGAGCCCCAACUCACCGUGGAGCCACUUUCAGAACCUCUUCUGGCGGGUAUGCCUCAGUUGGUAAAGUUUACUCUGCUGACGGGUCACUACACUGUGAAGAAAGGAGAUGCUCUGCAGCUCAGCAACACAGAAACCAUGCCCAUCCUACCCUCCUCCAGCUGCAUGGCCCGCAUCAGCAGCCCUGAUGCUGAGCUGGUGGGGGAAAGCGCCCUGUCCAUCCAGUCAUCUGACAAGGUGACCAGCAUCAGCAUACCUCCCACCCCUCCCUACCAUGUUCUAGAGUUCCACCUCGAGGUUUUGUGCAUCAUCCCGUCCGGGUCUGACCGGCCAACCAACGAGAGGCUGACCAACGGGGAGGUGCGCCACCGACCUCGCAGAUACAGCCAUCCUGACACACCCAUGACCGCCAUUGACCAAAGGAUGUCUAUUGACUGUCCUUGGUCGAUAUACUCUACUCUGCUUGCCCUUACCUUCUACAUCCCCUUCAAGACCAAACACUCACUGCUUUCUGCUGGUAACAGAAAGUACAUCCAGGUGUGUGUGCAGAACAUGUCAGACAUGAACUUCACACUGGCAGAGGUGAAGCUGACAGAGAAGCAACACUUAUCUCUGGAGCUGCAGUCCUUUAACACUAAAACUAAUCAGCUUCUGUGCAGUAAGCACAGCGUGUUCUGCUUGUGGGAGGUGAGGUGGAAGGACGACCUGCCCUCCUGUCUACAAUGUGUUUUCUCUGCCAACUUCUGUCCACUUAACCAAGACAGCUCUGCAUUCAAACCGUUCCACUACCAGUUUCAGCUCGAGGGAGUCACUACAUUGUACAACGUGAGAGCGGAGAUCUUCCCCCCUGCAGGCGAGCAGCACUGCCGCUCCGGUUUGGUCUGUGGACUCGAGGUGUGUAUAACUCGACUGACCGAGCCCUCAGAGGGAGAGAUAGCUGAAGACAGCAAGACUGACACGGAUGGACUCAAAACCACCAAGCUUAUGUAUGAAGUGGCCGACAGCAGCAGCAACUGGGCGGUUUGUGGGAAGAGUUCAGGAAUGGUGUUGAUGCCUCUGAAGGCCAACGCCACGCACAAGGUGCAGAUCGAAGUGAUGCCUCUGUUCGCAGGUCACCUGCCCUUCCCCAAAAUCAAGGUCCUCAAGUACCUUCCUCACAACGCUGCAGCGGCCAUUCAGCCAGACCCCGACAGCUGCGUAGAGAACGACAGCCUGUCCCUGCUGGACAAAACGCUGGACGACCAGGGGGACACGGCGAGCAUCCGCAGCCGGGGCAGCGUUCACUCGGUGGGUAGCAGUGACCAGCAGCAGAGGGGCGUGGCAAUGCCACGUCUCGAGCCCUUCAGCCUGGGACAGGUGUUCAACAACAGCCACUCGCAGCAGGUCCUGGUGCUGCCCACUGCCGACGACCACAUCAUGGAGGUCAACGCCACAUGACCCUGGGUGUGAGGCAACCCCCAGACCCUGUUUGUGGGACUCCUCCCAGUCUCUCUGGAUGAACUUCUUUGAGCUCCGGAGCUUUUCCGGGCCGGGUCUGUGUCAAAGACUGCUGCAGGUCGCCGACAUGGACUCACCCGUCUACGCAUGAACUGUUCAAUUCACUGGAAACAUGAUGGACUACACAGUGAAGAGCCAACAUCUGCUGAUAAAUUGAAAUAAAAACAUGUUCCUUGCCACACUUUGUACAUAUCUCAUUGAAUGGAUUUAUAGACAUAAAUAUAUAAAUAUAUAUAUGAAAUGAAGAAUCAAAUCUGCGCCUGUCGUGCUAUUUUGAACUGAAGAAAAACACUCCUGAUUGUCUCAUGUUGCACCAAAGCUCUCGAUGUUGUACGCCAUGAUCUGCUACUGAAGUACUGUAACUCUGAGUGGGUGUGGCCUGCUGUGAGUUCUGGACCUCGUUUGGCUUUACAUAUUUGAGAUAUUUGCCUCAAUAGCUGCAAUGAAGCAAAAACAUUUCUUUAGAAAUGUUUUUAUCACCAUCACAGACUCUCCUGCUCUGCUACUCUCAGAUAUCCCGUCGUCAUGUACCUUAAAACAGGAGAAUAAGUUUAGGAUUAGACUCCAGAGCUGUGAAUAUGAGCAGUAAAGAGAUGGUGCCUCAUAUCAAAUGUUAAACAAACCCAUACUGGAAGUUAGAAUUAGAUCCACUUUGAAUAACCACUGCUGUAUUUCUAGCUAAUGUUAACCUUGCUGGAUAGACUUAAGAGUGAGUAAAAGAAUAAUCAUCAAAUAUUUAACGGUAAAAUGUGAGACCAAAAGCACAAGCUCAGUUUAAAAAAGUAAAAUCAGAAGAAAAAGUGAUUUGCAGUUUAUAAUUUAAAGGUUGAAAGGUCUGUCAUGGACACCUCUUUAAAUUUCCCUUAAAAAACUUGGCAACUAACUUUUUUUUUUUAUUUUUUUAUCCAAAUUUCUUCUACCAAAACUCUGGAAUUGAAACCCAGUGAGAAAUGAAGUCGUUCAGACGGCGGUGUAUGUUUUUUUUUUCUGCUUUGCUGUGGUUCUGUGUUUCUGUAUGGGUGUGUGUGAUCAGGGCUGACCUCUACAGCCAGGAUCAGCCAGUGGAUGGUAACCGUCUGUAGGUUGCUUAUACGCGGUGCAUAUUUAUUUGGUAUGUGCACACGCGUGUCGCUGAACCUGUGUCUGAGCUAUGCACACAUGCUGUUGAUCUGGAAUGAUUGAAUGAAAGAAAUAAGGAACUCUCCGCUUUAAUCGUGUUGUUUUUGAAAGGGUGAAUGUCUGCAACGUCUGCCCCGCCCCUCGACCUUCUGCUGUAUUCUGACCUCUGUACAUACAGAUCUGUAAAUAAUGAUUGAAAUUAAAAAAUAUAUAUAUCUUUGA